AUGCGCAUCCCGAUCUCGUCAGCACAUCACUACCCCCACUCCGUGCUGAAGGAUCCCGUGUUCGCGUCGACCCGCGCUGUGCUCAGCCAACGCCUGCACGAGCUGCGUGCUCUCAGCCGCUCCAUCUCGGCCGCCACCAGCUCGACCCUCUCGACCGGCAACAGCGACGAGGCCGCGGCUUCGGCGGCCGGUCUCGGCCUCAGCCUCGGCCUCGGCCUCGAGCCGUCCGCCUCGUUCGAGGCGGCGCUGGAACGUGGCCGAAGCCUGGGCCUCGGCCUCGGCCUCAGCCUCGGCCUCAACCUCGGCCUGCCUCCGCUGGGCCCGGCCUCGAGCUCAGCCUCGACCUCGCGCGGCGACGCCUCCCCCGAAAGACCCAUGCCGGCGUCGAGCCUGCGACUCGACGGCGCAGGACAGGCCGGACUCGCCGUCACGCCGUUGGCCACGGGCCCGCGGGCGCCCACACCCGCCGCCCUCAUGAAGGCCGGCAUCCUCGGCACCGACAAUCCGCAGGUAAGGCCGCUCUCCCCUUUUCUCGCCCAACCACAACCGGACUCGGACCCGGUUUUGUCUGUCGUCUUUUUUGCUACCGUUCGGCUCGUGUGA